AUGGCGACACCCUCGCCCGCGCCCUGGAGGGGGCGGCCGCGGCCUAAGCCGCACUGUAUUUACGUGAACUGCUUCGGCUCCCACCCUUGCGGGAGCUCCAUCUUCUAUGAGGGCCACGGCUCGUGGAGGCUGCAGCGGCACGAGGCGGGGAGAGGGCCCUGGGGGGCGGAGGCGAAGAGGGAGGCUGAGGGCUCCCCGGGCAGCCCUGAGCUCGCCUCGGCGAAGACGGGGAGACCUCUGGCGUCGAGCCCGGGAACCCUGGCGCCAAGGGUUUGGAGGUCACCGCGGUCGCCAGGCCAGGCCAGGGGCAGCCGAAUGGGGAGGGCCCCGAUGGUAGGGACCGAGCCAGAAAAUGUUAGUGAUGUAUUAGAAGUCUACAUACCUUUGAAUGAGGCUGCUAAAGUCACAAAGAAGAAGAAAAAGUAUGCAGCGUGGGACAGUGUUUACAAAGUAAUUUCCAAGAUGCUGGACGAAAAUGAAAAAAUCAGAGACAGAAUGAACUUCAAACAGGGUUGUGCUAAAAGUGGGGAUCUGAUCCAAAGUAAAGAAAAGGAGUCUUCUCAUCUCUCUGGCUAAGAGGAACAACUUGUCAUGAAAUGACUGAUAAACAUUCAAAAACGGAAGAGCACAAAAUUAUUGCAUGG